AAAAAGGAGAAAGCUAGGGUUUAUUGGAGCACCACCUAUAUAAAUAGAUAGGCUUAGCCGCACCGUUUCCUUGUUGCUAGGGUUUUGGUGGGGCUAUAAACUUCUCAAGACUGUUUCUUUCAAGCUUCAAGUCAUGAGUAAGCUUCAGAGUGAGGCGUUGAGAGAGGCAAUCACUACUAUUAUGGCUGCUUCCAAGGAGAAGAAGCGUAAGUUUACUGAGACUAUUGAGCUCCAGAUUGGGCUCAAGAACUAUGAUCCUCAAAAGGACAAACGUUUCAGUGGUUCUGUGAAGUUGCCACAUAUCCCCCGCCCUAAAAUGAAAAUUUGUAUGCUUGGAGAUGCUCAGCACGUUGAGGAGGCCGAGGCAAUAGGUCUCCAAUGGAUGGAUGUCGAAGCUUUGAAGAAAUUGAAUAAGAAUAAGAAGCUUGUUAAGAAGCUUGCAAAGCAGUACCAUGCUUUCUUGGCUUCGGAAUCUGUCAUCAAGCAGAUUCCUCGCCUUUUGGGCCCUGGUUUGAACAAGGCAGGAAAAUUCCCUACCCUUGUGACUCACCAAGAAUCUCUGGAGUCCAAAGUGAAUGAAACCAAAGCAACAGUGAAGUUCCAAUUGAAGAAAGUGCUUUGCAUGGGAGUGGCUGUUGGCAACUGCUCUAUGGAGGAGAAGCAGGUGUUCCAAAACGUUCAGAUGUCUGUCAACUUUCUUGUCAGUUUGUUAAAAAAGAACUGGCAAAAUGUGAAAUGUCUCAACCUCAAGACCACCAUGGGAACUCCGCAGAGAAUCUUUUAAGGAGAUUCUCAGUUUGCUUUUGUACUUGUUUUUCUUGAUACUUAUAUAACGGUUUUGUUUUUUGUAUUGAAUGUUCAAGCUAUCAGUUCAGAUCCGUUUUGUUUUAUUUUUGAAUUUGCUAGUAACAUUAGUUGUAAUGUUAAACAUGAGUUUCUUUUUAAUGCCACCUCAUAUUGCACUGGUUA